CAACUUUACAGCCGUAGAAGAAGAAAAACGCCGCUCAGUUUUGCAAGUGGAAUCAUGGACUAGUCUAUUUGCGCUCAUUAUCAACUGAUAUCUUCUUUUAAAUUGGGAUUUGGUCAUCAUGCUUUCUACUCUUUGAAGAAAGGCCAUCACGAACAUGGAUUUCUCUGCACCGGCGGAGGAAACACCUGUCGCCAGCGAAAUGACGACCAGCGAAAAGGUUGUGGACCUUCUCAACAAUGCUGCCAUCACACCAUCAGAUGAGAAGCUGGAUGUGCUCAAACAGGUUCAAGAGCUCAUCAUCAAUAAGGAUCCCUCUCUUCUUGACAAUUUCCUUGAUGAGAUGAUCGCCUUCCAGACUGAUAAGUCGAUUGAAGUGAGGAAGUUUGUCAUCGGUUUCAUUGAGGAAGCUUGCAAAAGGGACAACGAGCUUCUCCUGAGACUGAUUGCCAACCUGAACAUGCUGCUGAAGGAUGAAAGUGUCAAUGUGGUGAAGAAAGCCAUCCUCACUCUCACCCAGCUGUACAAAGUUACUCUCCAGUGGUUGGUGCAGUCCAAAGCUGUGUCCGAGAUGCAGGAAGCCUGCUGGGACAUGGUGACACAGAUGAAAGAGGAUGUUCUUGUGUUGCUGGACUCUGAAAACGAUGGUGUGCGGACUCAUGCCACCAAGUUCACAGAGUCACUGAUCAUCACCCUGUCACCUCGAACUUCACUGUCAGACGUCCCAAAGAGGCAAGAGGGCGACAUCAGUCUGGACAAAGUGCCCAAAGACCAUCCUUAUAUUCACUACGAUGCGUUGUGUGAGGAGGGAAAAGCAGCCCUGGACAAGCUGCUGAAGUUCAUGAUCCACCCAGCUAUCUCCAGCAUCAACCUGACCACAGGUUUGGGCGCUCUGGCCACAAUUGCCCGUCAGAGGCCGAUGUUCAUGUCAAAGGUCAUUCAGUCAUAUGAGACAUUACAUGCCAAUCUGCCACCGACGCUGGCCAAGUCUCAGGUCAGCAGCGUGCGAAAGAAUCUGAAACUGCACUUGGUGGCGGUGCUCAAGCAUCCCUGCAGCGUGGACUUCCACAGCCAAAUCUCCACUCUGCUGCUGGAUCUGGGAAUGCCGCAGAGCGAGAUUACACGAGCCACACCUGCAGUGCGGGAGCCACGCAAGCGACCUCGCGCUGAGCAGUACACAGAGAGCAAAAAAGUCAAGAUGGAGACAAAUCUCAUGGAGGACGACGACGACAAAGAAGAGCCUGCUCCACUCACUGCACCCAAGCCAGCAGCUGUUCCUCCCGCCCAGUCCGCCAUUGACCUCACAGCCGAGUUUUUACGUCCUUUGUUGAAUCCUGAUAAUGUAGCCAACCUGGUCCUCAUCAGCAUGGUGUAUCUCCCAGAUGUCAUGCCUGCAUCCUUUCAGGCCACAUACACUCCUGUGGAAUCAGCAGGCACUGACGCUCAGAUCAAACAUUUGGCCAGACUCAUGGCCACCCAGAUGACGGCCGCUGGCAUCGGCCCUGGCCUUGAGCAGUGCAAGACCAGACCUGAGGUCAAAGAAGAGGAUGCUGGAAAGCGCAAGCUUCCGCUAGGCCAGGCCAUUUCUGUAGUGGGAGUCUAUGAGAUGCCUGCUGCUCCUGCCGUCACAAAGAAGCUUCCUGAGCCCAUCCUGCCCUCCGCCCAGACCAAAUUGUCUGGUGCGAGCGGGAGGAAGAAAGUGUUUAGACUCGCUGAUGUUAUUCAGCCAUUUCCGGUUGCACAGUUAGAAGAAAUUACAUCCAAAACAGUUAAACGCAUCCUACAUUCCGAAAAGGCUAUUGCACAGACCGGGAUGUCACAUGUCCGCAUCAAGCUGCUGUCCCGGUUGGUGACGCAGUUCAACGGCGCGAUGAAGGAUGAGCUGAUGGCGUACGUGCUGGAGGAUGUCAGGACGAGGAGCGACCUGGCGUUUUCCCUCCUCUAUCAGGAGUACAACACUUAUCUCAGCCAGUUUCCAACUGGGCUGCUGGAUAGUUAUGACCACUGUCUCUAUACUCUGCUCUCCGGUCUGCAGGAGAAACCUGAGCAGAGAGACGGCCUCUUUACCAAAUUGGUACUAGAUGCUCCAAUCAUUACAGACACAGCACUCGAAGUAAUACGGCGCUACUGUGAAGACGAGUCACGCGUGCACUUGGGAAUGAGCACACUCGCAGAGCUCAUCAUCAAGCGGCCGUCCCGGCAGUUCCAGUACCUGCACGUCCUGCUUGACCUCAGCUCCCAUGAAGUGGAGAAGGUGCGAACUGGUGCUCUGACCUUUUUGAAAGAGUUGUACCAGAGAGACCAGCUCAGGGACUACAUCGAGAAGUUUGCUCUGAACUACAUGCAGCUCCUUGUCCAUCUCAACCCUCCCUCGCUGCUGUUUGGGGCCGACAAAGACACAGAAGUUGCAGCUCCCUGGACCGAAGACACAGUGAGACAGUGUCUGUUCCUCUACCUGUCUCUGCUUCCCUUGAACCACAAGCUGGUCCACGAGCUGGCCGCCGUCUACACUGAAGCCAUCGCUGACAUCAAGCGCAACGUGCUCAGAGCGAUUGAACUGCCUAUCAGAGCAAUGGGGAUGAACUCCCCUGAGCUACUUCUGCUAGUUGAGAACUGCCCUAAAGGCGCCGAGACCCUGGUGACCCGCUGCCUCCACAUGCUGACGGACAAAGUGCCUCCGUCUCCUGAGUUGGUGGAAAGAGUACGAGAUCUCUACCACAAGCGAGUGCCAGAUGUCCGCUUCCUAAUUCCAGUCAUCAAUGGUCUGGAGAAGCAUGAGGUCAUCCAAGCCCUUCCCAAGUUGAUCAAACUGAACCCUGUGGUGGUGAAAGAAGUCUUCAAUCGCCUUUUGGGGACUCAGCACAGUGAGGGGAGUUCAUCCGUGUCACCGCUUACACCGGGAGACCUGUUGGUCGCGCUACACAACAUCGACUCAACUAAAUGUGAUAUGAAGUCCAUUAUUAAAGCCACCAAUCUGUGUUUCGGGGAGAAGAACGUCUACACGUCUGAGGUUUUGGCGGUGGUGAUGCAGCAGCUGAUGGAGCAGAACCACCUUCCAAUGCUGCUCAUGCGAACAGUCAUCCAGUCCCUGACCAUGUAUCCACGACUGUGUCCGUUCGUCAUGAACGUCCUGUCCCGUCUCAUCACCAAACAGGUGUGGAAGUAUCCCAAAGUGUGGGAAGGUUUCGUCAAGUGCUGCCAGAGGACCAAGCCGCAGUCCUUCAGCGUUCUCCUGCAGCUGCCCGCCGCACAGCUGGAGAGCAUUUUUGAACGCAACCCAGAAAUGAGGGAGCCUCUCCUCUUCCACGUCCGCUCCUUCAUGCCAAACCAGCAAGCUCACAUACCUGCCUCCAUCAUGGCCGUCCUGGAAGCCAACAGGAAGGCCGAGCCGCCGCACGAGGAGCCAAUGGACAUAAAAGAGGAAGAAGCAGUCGCGGUUCCUGACUCUCCAGUCCGGGGAGGGACGCCCACUCUAGAGGAGCAGGUCACGGGUCUUGCAGACGAGGUGGAACCCAUGGAGCUGCAACAGUCCAACCCCAUUAGACUAGAGGAAGCUGCAGCCCCAGCACCACAAAUGGAGGUGACACACACAGAGGAAGUUCUGUCGCCUGAAGCAGAGCAGAAGGAGAGUCCUCCACAGGAGCUGCAACCUGAACCUACAGAAGAACCUCCACACCCGGAGGAACCAGACAAGGAGGACGAUGGCACUGCUGCCGAGCCUGUAGCUGUGAGUGGCAGCGAGGAAAUGGAGUAAGUCCAGCAAAAAGAAAACCUGGAGCGUCUCUGUGUGAUGUGGAUGAAUAAAUGGAG